GUUAGUAUAACGAUAAUAAGGGUGUGUGGAGCGAAGAAAAUUGCCGAUCUUAACCCCUCAUUUCAAACAUCAUUGGUUUGUUCCCCUAUCCCGCCCCCGCCUUUUUGAUAUUCUAUCUAAAAAUCCAUCACCGGUAAAGACUAGACUUGUAGAGGACUACAGAAAGCAAAAUCUCCAUUUUCUUUUGUUGAAGGCUUCAUAUCGCAGCUGUGGUGUUUUGCUAGAGAUGCUAUCACAUCAGUGCAAGCAGUAACAGCAAAUUGAUUGGCUAUAGCUGGUUCAAUAUCUGACGUGUAGUUUCUCUUUGAGCUGGGAGAAGUAUUUGUUCGUUUUCCAAAUUUUGGUGCAUCAACUUUCUUAUAACAUCGUUAUCAUUGUAACUUGUAAGACUUCAAUAUUUGAGAAGGGGUGAGACUUCAGAGUAACUGAAGACAGCAAAUGGAUAGUUAUAGAGAUGCAAAAGCAGUUUUAGAUCUUCAGCCCAAGUCUUCAAUAUCUGUGGCUUAUCAUCAAGACUUUGGUCCUCAUGAUGACCUGCUCCUUCUUGAGAUUGAUGAAAAGCUUAUUCCAGAUGUACUCAGUGAAAGAGUUUCUCUGAGGGGAGAGCCAGAUGAAGAGGCUGUGUUUUGCACAAAAUCUAAGACUUAUGCGAUCAAAUUCGUGGGUAAUUCCAAUUCUGUUUUACUCGUUCCUCCUAACACGCCUUCAUUGUCUGAUAAUGCAAUGAAUUGUGAUGACCAAAAUAUGGAUCAGCCUGCCAAGGCUUCUGUGUUGAAGGUGGCUUCUGGUAAUCUGGAGCUUGUUGAGGUUGCUCCCAGAUUGGACAAGUUAAAACGACUUCUGUCACAGAGACCUUUUAGCAUCGAGGAGGUAUCAGGAAUGGAUACUUUUACCGAAAGUGAGGAAGUGAACUCUCUAUAUACAUGGGAUGAUCUCAUUGCAUGGAUUCAAGCGAGUGACGAGGAACUGAGAUCGGGCUUGGAAGCUCUCAGUGCAUUCGAAAUCAAUGGAUAUUGGAGAAUCAUAGACGACAAGUGCAUGGAUUCAGUCCUGAACAUGCUUUUGCAUAACGCAGUGUUAAAUGAUUGGUCUUUUGAAGCAUUACCAGAAAAUGAGGUAGUCAGCGUGAUGGAUUCAGAUGGCUUUCCGCCCAAACUUUCCACCCACUGUUUGAGAGUGUAUGGAAAUAAAGUCGACAAUGAGGAUGGUAUAUCCUUAUGGAAAUUGAACGAAAGACGGGUUUGUGUUCAUUUUGCAAGAGUCAUUUUAAGAACAGGGAAAGUAAAGAUGGAGAAGUUUUUAGAAGAGUGGAAAUGUAAAAUUCCACAUGGAAUCCAGACAAGCUUUGAUAUGUUAGAAGGAGAAGUUUUGACUGAAAGGAUUGGGGCGGAAACUUGGAUUCGAGCUUUCAGUGUUUCGUCUUUGCCAUCAACUCCCGCAGAGCGUUUCUCAAUCCUUUUUAAAGAGCGACCAAAAUGGGAAUGGAAGGAUCUAGAGCCUUAUAUAAGGGAUUUGAAAGUACCAGGACUUUCUUCAGAGUGUUUACUGCUGAAAUACACAAGAAGAUCACAACCAAGACCUGAUGUUGAACCCAUUUUUAGUGCAAGGUAAUUGAUUGUAGUAUCUAUAAUUCUAUUAUGUUAUAUGAUAAUGUAUCAUUUAGCUGCUUCAGAGAUAUAUUAUAUCAGAUCAGAUUCUUGAUUUAGUUUAUUGUGUAGCAAUCUUAAAAGGACAGAAGAGUAAUUCUAUAUGCAAUUGUAAGAAGCCAUUGUAUACUCA